AUGGGAGACGAGAGUCUCCGGUGUCUGACUUGUCGAGGCAAGUUCGGACCUUUGGUGGCAGACUUGCGUAACCUGGUGUUCAGGUUCCAGGACGUGAUCCUGUCUGACCGCUUCCCGCCGACUGGGAGCCAAUUUGUGGUGGCUGACCUCCGUGGGGUGUACCACAAAUCCCUUGAGAUCUGCGACAGCUAUAGCAGGUUCAAGCCGGGAGACAAAGGGUCUCCGAGGGAGGAAAAGGCCGGUGUCAGCAGACAACCUUCAAACUACUCCCAAGGCCAGGCCACCUACGAGAGGCAAGAGGAGUGGUGGCUCCUAGGCGAGGAGGCCUUGAAAAGACCGGCCAGUGCCAUAGAAGGAGAGCUGGGAGAGGAAGAUCUCUCCGAGGCGUUCAGAGAGGGAAGAGAAGUUGAGGCUCAUCAAGUGAAGCUCACCGCAUGGAAAGUAGGAGAGAGGAUAGUGAUUACAGAAGGUGUCUAUUGGGAAGAAAAAGUCAAGGCAGCAGGUGCGGUGAAGGAGCUGAGGGUCCUGGUCCUGGAGGACGAGAUCUACCUCAACUUCAAGUUGGAAGGGACUCAGUCAGAGGCACUAGUCCGAUGGUCAGGAGGGCAUCCUGCGACCUUGGCCGAAAUGCACCUCUGCAAGCCGGACUGCGUCAAGAUGUCCAAAGACGGGCUCAUUCAUGCACUCAGGGUGAAGAGGUGGAAAGCCGAAGAAAGAGAGCCCUGGAUGGACAACCUGACAGAGGCAGGUCGACCCAGUCCUUGGAACGACGGCUUUGGAUCCGAAGCCGACGGUGCGACGGCAGGUGAAGAAAAGGGCAAAGAGGGCGGCGAGAAAGAAGGGCCGCAGAGGAGGAAGCAGCUCCAGCACGAGCCAGCCGAGCAGUUCAGGGACAGAAGAGACCUUGGACGAGUCGGGCCAUCUGUUUGGCGAAGAAGUCAAGGUGAAGAUGGUUGGCAAGAGGUUCCCGAGUCCUCUUACCUUGAACACCCUGGAGCAGAUGCAAGCCGCUGUCGUGACCCAAAGCGGCCAGCCGUGGGAUUUGGACCGGACUUCACUUCCCCCCAAUAUUCUCACAGUACGUACUGGAGGAUGAUGCUCAGUACAAGAAUGACAGGUGCCAUCAACCGGGAGGCCCAGACGCUGUGCUACGUUCAGGAUCAGCUGAUCCAAGGGAAAGUGGCGUCGGCCUGCGAUACAAUAACCCAAAGGCUGAAGGGGUUAGAGCAGGUGACAACUGGCUCCCACUACUUGGUGGCACAGCGACAGGAGCUAGUGCCCGUGGAGAACACAGCAAUGACUUCUCCUAUGGAGUCAUUGGGGGCCUCCCGGUUGCACCGAGGCGAAGGCGAAGUCAGCAGCGGCCUGCCCUUGGCAGAGGAGCCAGGAUUGGGAAAGGCGCCAAGAAGAGCCGAAAGGAAAGGGCAAAGGAAAAGAUUUCCGAGGCAAAGGAAAAGCAAAGGGCGACAAAGCAGGGCAAGCGAAGGACGAGAAGGAGAAAGAGAGGAGAUGAUGCAGAAGCAGCGCAGGGAGCUGGAUGGCUCCGAGAUCUAUGAGGAUGUCAGUACAGCUGGCAAAAGUGCGGGCUAUAGUUCCAGGCCAGCUUGUUUUCCCGCGCCUUGGCCGGACCCAUCUUUUGGAGAUGCCUCUGGCGGGACGACCGGACCGGAGGAGGCGUCUAGCUUUUUUCGAGCUGAAGGAAAAACCUUCGGUGACAUGGCCAAGACCCUCUUUUGCAUGUUUGAGAAUUUAGAAAUUUCUACCAAGGUUCCACGCAGCAGGAUCAAGUUCUCAGGUGGGAUUUUCCCGUUACCUGAAUGCCCCCGGGCACUUAGAGAGGUACUUGGCCAAGUCGAGGUGGAGCACCUGGCAAUGCUCAGAUGCGUCUGCAAGGCUCUCAACUCGUACAGUGGGAGCAUGGCGGCUGAGGGGCUGGUGGUUUCAGCAGCAGCAACGACAGCCCUGAAGUCCCUAGCAUCGACCAUCCGGGAUGUUGGGUUGGCCAAGGAAAAGUUUGAGGGAGCGUUGGCUAUGCGGGAUGGCUAUCAAUCAACAGUGGGGCUUGCCGCGGCACCCGAAGAAGUCGGUGGAACAG